AAAUCAAACCAAGUACCCAAUUGCAGCAUCUCUCUCUCUCUAAUCUCCAAUCUCUCCCCCCCCCCCCCUUCAUCUCUGUAUGAUGUACUGUAGUGUGUACUGUGACAACACAAUUAAGUUGGGUCUUUUCCGACAGACAGACAGACAGGCAGACAACCAAAUGAAAAUCACUAAUCUGCUUUGAGUCUUUUGACCACCCACACUCUAAACCCCUUCACUUUCCCUCUUCCUACAUCCUAGCCUUGUCAAGGAACUUAGUGUUGGAUAUUAUCCCCCACAUUUGGGAUUUUUCAUUUUGCCUUCCGGGCAUGAAGCGGGAUCAGCUGUCCGAAUGCGGGGGCUGCGGCGCCCCUGAGCGUUUCCUCCUCCACAACCUCCGCCACAGAGCCAGCUAUCGACGCCUCUGCACCAACUGCGUCCUCAAGAACCACCAGGGCCUCUUCUGCCCCAUUUGCCUCGAAGUUUUCAACGAGUCCCCUCCCCCUCACCAGCGCCUCAUCUGCCUCAAAUGCCCUUCCAUUUCUCACCUCUCUUGCUCCUCCUCUUCCCUCUUGCCUACCUCCUUUACCUGUCCCCCUUGCUCCAACCCUAAUUUCUCUUUCUUCAAUCUCGCCCCUACUAAGAAACCCAAGUCAACGCCCGAUCAUCCUCCCGGAUCUACCCUCGACGGCGACGACGACAACAACAAGACGACGAACACGAGGGUUAUUGACAAGGAAGCAGCUAAGGCACUUCUAGCUGCUGCUAAGAUUGCUGCCGCCUCUAUGACCAAAGCUGCCGCCGUUGCGAAAGUGGAGGCUGAGCGGAGGGUCAAAGAAGCUACUUUGGCAAAGAAGAGAGCCAAAGAGGCUCUCGAGAGACUCGCCUUGUUGGCCCGGAAGGAUAGUGAUAGACAUAAGUCGUCCCUCGUAGGCAUUCCCAAAUCUAAACCUGAUGCUGCCAUUGCUGCUGCUAAUGACGCCAAAGCAAGCUCUUUAUCCCUUCCAUCUCCUAUUCCCGACAAGGGAAACAAUGGGUCGUAUUCAGUUUCUGGUGCUAAUGUACCCAUUUCAAUCCCCAAGUUGCAGCGUCAACAAAGCACUCAUGGUAUGCCUAAUUGAUCAUUGGUGAUUCCAACAAUCUCAGUAAAGUGUUUGUUUUCGUUUGUUGGUAUUUAGCCUUUCUGUUCAUGGGAACCAUAUGUCAAAUCUUUGUAGAGAUGAUUUAGGAGUUUUUCUGUAUUCAGUAAGCUUUUUGUUUGCGUUCAAUUGUAGCUUUCUCUAUUGCCCUGUAUGUAUUUUUCAUUAAGCUCGUUGUUUCUGUUUAUUUGCUUCACCUUUAGCCCUUUUUAUGCCAAAACUAAAGCUCUCUGGACUUUCUGUUCUUACAAAAUUACAAGAAAAAGAAGUGUCAAAAUUGUCUUUAGAUGCUUUGCACCCUUGAUAUGUCCUUUAAUUAAAUGAAUCAUGAUGGCAUACCCGGGAUUAUCUCUCACUUUAGAAUGCUAUUAUGCUGUAUUUUCAGGGGAGCAGGUUAUGCUAUUGCUUCCCAUUAUGUAAGUGCAGUCAGUCCUGGACUAAGUUGAUCAGGACUUGAGCCUUCAUUGUUAACUUAUACAAAAUCCUAUAUCUUUUUGAAUAUUAUUGCGAUUUUUUCUUUGUUGUCUUGCAAGCUUUGUUAGAAAGGCAUCAAUUUCUAGUAAAAAAGUUUGGUAUUUUCCUUUUCAAAGGUUUGUUUUUGUUGCUUAAUUCGUAUAUGAUUACCUAAAUCUACACUGCAUUGAAGAACAGAAGCAUUCAAUUCUCCCACCCUAUUCCUCCCAUUUCUUUGUAUCUAUUAAAUGUUAUGUGGCGACAGUGAGUUGAUUUUAGCAGUUAUUGUUGAAGAAGAAAACAGUCGCUUUCUAAAGUGAGUGCUGAUUCCAUCGGAUUGUAUAUUGCCUCAAUGGAUUAAAGGUUCUUUGGGGCUUUGGUUCUGUCUCUCUAAUAAAAUCUCAGAUAACGGGCAAAGGUCACUCUUGCAGUAGGAGAGUACUACGGGUCAGGGACAUGCUGAGUUUAAAAACUUUUAUGGACUUAUGGCAUUAGGAUGAUUAUGAGGGUCACUGUUUGCCGGACGUUGACUUACAUACGGGAGCCUAGGUAGAGUGUUUGCUUUCCAAGGAUACAUGCAUGGCAAGGUUCGAGACGGGAGAUAGGCUUGAAGCUGAUAAAUGGUUUGGUUGCAGUACUUCAAAAAAGUGAGGGACCUCUCUCUAGUUAGGUUGGCAAAUGCUUUGGAAUUUGGGGAUGUUGAGGAGAAUGUGCAUGAUGCAUUUGAUGACUUCUUAGUAUCUCUUUAUUCUGCCAUCAAAAGUGAAAUUUACUUUGUAUGGUUACUACAACUACAACAUGGUUAAAGAACAUGGUUAUAACGUCAAGAUGCGAAGCAAAUGCAAAUGUCUGAAAAGGUGACAAACAACGAAUCAAUGGCCUACCUGUGGCAAUGGCAAUGCCACCCCCAUGUAUUGACUGUAAUGUCUGUUUAUUUGGUUGGAUUGAGGUAAACAUUCAAUCAUCAAUAUCAUUGCACUGAGCCAAUGGAGCUAACUCUUCCAGUUUACUGCCAGAAGCCAAGGACAAGGAAGAAAUGUGCAGCAGAGCCUGCCACCACGUGUGAUGCAAGAGCUGUGUCUAGCUACGUUUGUCAACCGACAUGUUCAUUCAUUUUUUUUUUCAUGUGAUGCAUUGUACCCUUUUAGAGGCAUAUAUUUGCUGCUGAUCAAGGAGUAUUUGGGGUGCCUGCCAAUGCAGUCUAUACCUGUUACAUGUAAUUUUUACAUUUAUCACGAUAUCAUUCUGCUUGUUACGCGCGAGCCAGAAAUACCUAAAUGAACGUCAACAUAGUUAUGGUA